AUAAAAACCUUAUCCUAAAAUGCGCUGGGAUACGUAACAUCCGACGUGGCAAGUGGCAUCUUUACCGCUAUCAUCACGCAAAAUUCAUGCCACUGCUAUUAUUGGAAAGAAGAAGGAAAGCCCACAAAAUUUCACCAACCACAAUCUUUGUUUAAAAUCCCUGAAAAUUGGAUUCGAAAAGUAGGUGGAACUAAAGGAAAAGAAAACCCUAGGAAUUGAAUUGGGAAAGUGUUGGAGAUAUGAUGGGCGGUGGAAGUAUGUAUUGGGGAAGGAAAGAAGUGAGUGAAGAAGUGAAAGGAAUAGUGGUGAUGUUUGCUUGGAUUUCGAUUCACGACAAACAACUUCAAAAUUUCGUGGAUUUGUAUUCGUCUCUCGGUUGGAAUUCCCUCGUUUCUCGUGCCGAUUUUCUGAACGCAUAUUAUCCUGAGAGGGCUAUGUCCUUAGCAUUUGUUCUUCUAAAUGAGCUUCUUGAGGAACUAAAGAUUAGAGCUUGUCCUGUAGUCUUUGUGGCUUUCUCUGGAAGUCCUAAGGCUUGUAUGUACAAGGUUUUUCAGAUUAUUCAAGGCACAGGUGAAAGUCAGCUUAAUCCGGAUGGAAACCAGUUGGUUAGAAAUUGUGUUUCUGGACAAAUCUAUGAUUCUAGUCCAGUAGAUUUUGCGAGUGAUCUGAAUGCCCAAUUUGCUUUACAUGCCUCCAUACGUAAAAUGCCUGGACCAUCAAAACUUGUUUCUUGGAUUGCUAAAGGUGUUGCUUCUGGUCUGGAUGGUCUCUAUCUAACUGGGUUUGAGUCUCAACGUGCUGAGUAUUGGCAGAACCUGUACUCCUCAGCUGACUUAGAUGUUCCAUAUCUCAUUUUAUGCUCAGAGAAUGAUGACCUUGCCUCGUAUUCAGUUAUCAGCAAUUUUGCUCAAUGCUUACAAGAUAUUGGGGCAGAUAUCAAGGUCAUAAAGUGGAAUGGCUCUCCUCACCUAGAACAUUACAAGCAUUAUCCUAUCCAGUACAGGGCUGCUGUGGCCAGUUUUCUUGAGAAGGCGACUUCAGUCUUUUCCCAUAGGAUCCUGAAACUUGGAGAAAGAAAUGGUAUGCAUGAUGAGAUCUCUGAUUUAAUCUGCGACCUGCAGAAAGCAGCAGUCAACUCAAACCAAAGCCUUAGGAGAGUUGCGCUUGGGCCGAGUGACCACUUUUUCUUGCCAAGUUCAGCCGAAUAUCACAAUAGAAGAGACUCUGGGUCUCUACAAGAUGAACAAAGAGAAAGACCAUUCUCUUUACCUGUUCCCCCAAGCAUCAAUGCUCAUAGUGUCCUUGGCCAAAUUCUCUUUGAUGCUUGUGUUCCCAAGAAUAUUGAAGGUUGGGAUAUUAGAUUUUCCGGUUCUGUAAAGGGACAGACAUUUUCAUCUGCUCGUAGGCCUUCACCUUUCCUUGGUAUCAAGUCCAAUUGUCGCUCUAGAUUGUAAAGUUUCUUAUGAAUUGAAUUUGAGGGGAAUCUCAUUAGCAUGGUAUGUUUCAGCACAUGCUAUCAGGAUAUGUUUCAAGCAAAACAAUCCCAUCCAGAGGGUGAAUGAAGCAUAGUUUCUCCACUCAAGUAUUGGUAGUGAGGUAUGUGGACAUUUUGUGGAAAAUUGUGUUAGCUACCUGCUUUUUUUUUUUGUGAUCUAAUCCCUUGGCAAGAAAGUGUACAGUUAGUUGCGGAAUAUGAACAUGUUUAUUGUAUGAGAAUAUAUGUAGGACUGUACGUAUGUAUUGCAGGCGACAAUUUGACAGUUUAUGUAUGGAAGUGGAAAGCCCUGGAGAAAGAAAAGGACCGGGUUUGGGGAUUUUAAGAUGUAAAUAGUAAAGUAGCAAGAUCUGUAGGAGAUGUCAUCUUCACACCGCCCUUGUCUUUAUUUUUAAGUGAAACCUUGAUAAGAGCAAAUAAAAUAAUCUGUACGUAUGUGCUACCAAUGAGGCUCAUGGUGAAGACAUGAAUUAUUUUCUUCAUUUUUCUUCUUCUUCAGUCAAUCGAGUAACUCAGUUAUUCAUUUAUCCAUGGGAGAUUAAUGAAUUGUAUAAGCACUUUAAUGUUCAAAACUUGUUAUUUGUUUGAUGUUUGAAAACGACAUUUGUUUCAUUGGAUUAGGUUUCGAUAACAAGUUUCCAUUGUUAAAAUUUCUUAUUAUUCACUGUUACUACUGUUAUCUACAUGAAUAACAUCAUCUUCAUCUUUUGAAUUGUUUGGGCAAAUCUUCCUAUUGGCUUCCUGUCCAUUCAUGUCCGAAAUAGGUACUCUUGGUUUCCUAGGCGGCGGCGGCGGCGGCGGCGGAUCUCUUGUCUGUUUCUUUCGUUGAAUCUUGUCCGCCCAGUACUCUUAUUGUCUAAUUGCUUCUUGUUGUCGUGACACGGCGGAAGUCUUUUGAUUUAAGAAAUCUCCUUUCCAGCAAUGAAUGAAUCAUUUCUUUUGAAGCAUAUCUGAAAAAGGUUAAAGAUGCGUGUAUUUAACUUUAAAGCACGUUUUUUAAUCGUCGCUGUAUGGUAGGCUUUGUUAAAUAAUGGCAAGAAACAUGUUUCAACCAAGCUUUCCAAUAAAGGGAGCGGUACUCUUUUUGUUUCAAUAACUUAGCAACCAAGCAGAUCAGUAUCGUUGUCCAAUUAAAUUGAAAUAAUGCAAGAUAUCAACGAAAAACGACGAGAAAGGGUAUCAUUGCUAAUAUUGUAUAAGUUGCCAUAUUUGUUGUGUCUUGGAGUGUGAAACAAUUUAAGGCAAAAUUCCCUUUUAAAUUAGUAUUCAUUAUGUCCAAAUAUAGAGUUAUUAGAAAAAAAAAA